CGGCCGAGUCUGGAGGAUUCCGCGGCGCGACGUCGCUGCACCGGGAACGCUGCGACUGCUGUCGGGGCCCUGGGCACCUGUUGCUCCUCCUCCUCCUCCAGGAGCAGGGUCCACCUCCUCACCCAGCUUAGUCCCCGCGAUCCUGCAGGAGCCCUGAGUCUCACGCACGCCUGGCCUGGCUUGGCCCGGCCCACCCCGCCUGGAGGCGUCGUCGGUCAGCCUUCGGAGUCUCUUGAGAGAUCCGCUCUGCAGAGUCACAGCCGGCUCGCGGCGGCGGCGGCAGCAGCUGCCCCUGCAAGGCUGGAAGCUGCCGAUUCGCUCGGCUGUUAGUGGCUGCGGCGCGACGUCGGCGGUGCGCCCCCUCUCGCGACGGCGACGGCGACCCGAGGAAGCUCGUGGGCGGAUUGCGAAAGGCAGCCCUCUAGCAGCGAGCAAGGCGGCAGGAGAGUUGGUUAACGCCAAGCAGAGUGCCUGCAGCCCUGUGAGUCCCACAGCAGGCGCAGGGCAACGGAGAAGCGGAAGCGGCAUGAUGCCAAUUUGUCCAUUGGACCAGCUGGUUGCGGAAGACGAGCAGAAGAGGGAUGAAGUGGGGGGAAAUUGAGUGGGGAACUGAGAUCCUCAGAAGCAGAGUGGGAUUCAGCAUCGGUUAUCAGCACAGGAGGAUAUUGUUAACGCUCAGUCCCUCUUCAUUUAGGACUUCAGCAAGGAGGACACGGAGGCUGAGCCAAACUCUCUAGAGCCGUUACCCCCCCCCCGCCAAAAUUUCCCCUGACGUCACAGUGCCAUUGUGACCUGGCGUCUAGAGAGAGUGGGAAAACUAAGGGACGUGAGACCAGUUGUGGUGGUGGUAGAACUGAAUUGCCAGCAGGACUAGUCAGCCUGACAAUCAAUGGAGAAACCUUGGCAGGCCUAGGGGAAAGUUUAUCCUCCCUCCCAGGAGAUGGGGAUUGUGGCGACUGGCAAGAUGGAGCAGUGAUCUCUACUGACAUGUUAUGGAUUAAACUGGGCAAAUGCAAGGGAAUAGAGAUCCCCUGACAGGGCUGAGGAGGGAGAAGGACCUGUCAAGUCCUUAGAGAACCUUGUCAGGAGCAAGAGGGAGCUGAAGUGAGGUGAGCUGAGUAGGACAGAAAGCUGUGAUUCUCCCUGGGGAGGUGGAACAGAGCAGGAAGAAGUGACACUUCAUUGAUUUCUGCUGCAGGAAUCUCAAAUCUUUUUGUCAUGGAUAUCUGUGAAGCCUGCAUCUCACUGCUUGUAAUGGCAGGUACAAUGAUAGUCACAGCUGGCUGCAGGCGACUGGCCAGUCAAUCUAAUAAGCCCAGUAUCCACUGCUUCCUCCUGGAGUUAACUGGCACGUUCCAGAUCUGUGCAUGUACCCACGAGAUUUGCCUGCUGGCUGAUUUUCCACCCAAACCUCAUGUGGCACUUGCCCUCACAUACGUUUUCACUGCUCUUCACUGCUUGACUUUGCCUGGAAGCAUCAACAACCCCUCUAGCAGCUUUCAACUCCUCUGCAAGGGUAGGGUCACAGUCAAGACUUGGUUGCUACAGACAUCAGCUCAGUUUACUGGAGCAGUACUGGCUCAUCUUUACAUCAAAUUAAUCUGGAUGUUGGGGAUAAUACCAGUGCAUUCAAGGGCACUGGCAGAGCACUGCAGUAGCCCAAUCCAAACCACCAUAGCAAAUGCUUUCAUCCUAGAACUGCUGUUCUCCUUUUUACUCCAUCUGACCUUACUGCAGUUUGAAUCAACGAAUCCCAACAUAAAAGUCCAUGUAGUUGCUAUGCUGAUUACCAUGAUGGUAUAUGAAGGAGGACAUCUCACAGGAGCCAUAUUUAACCCAGCUCUGGCAUUUUCUUUGCACAUAAGUUGUUUCGCUGAAAAUUUUUUGCAUUACAUAUUGGUGUACUGGGUUGCACCCUGCAUAGGAUCCAUGGUGGUGUUUGUAAUAUGGGAUGAACUCUUGCCCCUGCUACACAGAGGCGUGUAAAAUGUUAACGUGAGGAGACUUUCAAGAGACCACUAAAUAAACGGAUACAGCCACACUGUUCAUGGACAGAAGAGACUGGACAUUAGAAUCACUUUGGCAACUCCAAUGGUUAUUUGGGGAGUAUCAUUAUAGCAUUUUACAGCACAAUAUUUGCUUGUGUCCUUCAAGAUGACCUGUUGAAGCUGAGCCAUGUAUUUCAUACUGGAAGAAUUUGUUAACUUUAAUGUUCCAUUUUUGACCAGUCUUCCAUGUCAAAAUAGUUUUAAGAAAAAUAGAGAACACUCCUGAUAACUAGAUGCCUUCUUCACUUCUACUUGUGUAAUUUAGGCGAGCUUCUUUCACUGUAACUCACCUCGCCUGUUCUGGCACAGAACCUGCCUCAAGUCACUUACCUGCACCUUUUAGCAUCCGUCCUCCAUUUCAAUAGAUUGAAGCCUGCAUCUACACCCACAGAAGUGCACUUUAAGGGAAGGAGAGGGAAACGGCAUCUAAAACUUGACAUGUUUUCAUUGUUAACAUGAGGUGAGUGUGAAAAAGGAGAGGCGGGCACAGGGGAAAAUGGCUUAGUAAGACCCAUCCCAGGUAGCUCUUGGUCUGUUACAGUGAAAUUCCUCUAUAUGCUGGACAAAUCAUUUGAGCUUCUUUCCCGAGUUCCUCUGGCUACAAUUUUAAGAUAUCCGACAGGAGGCAAGCAAUGCUAACCCUAGACAACAUUCACUGAUACCUGUUUAGAAAAGCUAUUUACUGCUCUGUAUUUUUAAAGGAUCUCAUGUGUCACAUUAACAGAGCAAUCCAUCUCACUAGAAGCUGGUGGGAGCGAAGCCAGACCUGGCAGAAGGGCUGCCACAUACAGCUGUUGCUCAGAGGCCUCUUGGAGAACGCCAGGGUUCUGCUGGCAGGGUGCAGCAGAAGGAAACACAACGCAUGGUUCUUUCCACUGCCCCUUUCCCAUCCUGCUGGGGCGGGAUGGAGCCGAGAAGGACUUGGAUAUAGUGUAAGUCCCCCCUCGGCCCCUCCCCAACAUGCAAGGGCACCCCUUUUUUAGGCUUUCCACUGGCUUCCCUUAUACCAGGUUGGGCUUCUCUGGAGGAUCUCUGGCUGAGCUGGGAUGAAGACGGCGGCGUAGCCUGGCUGAACCAGGACCCAGCCGGCUCAGCCCAGGGUCCACUAUAUCCACCUCCUGCCAGCCCAAUGUAAACUGCAGUUGGAUUGAGCCCUAUUGUUCAUAUGACUCCAAAUCAGCAGGCAAAGACCAAAAAUACAGCAAGCAGGCCAAAGGCAAAAAGGUUACUUCUUUUGGUGACCUCUUUACAUUUUCUUUUUAAAAGUGACAUUAUUUGUAAAUUAACAAAGCACAUAUCUGAGGGUAGCUAUACAACACAAAUAAUGUCCAGGCAUUUAUAACAGGUAAUUGGUUUCACAAAUGCAGCCAGGAUUUUUGCUUCAGUAAAAGCCUUUCAUGAGGUAUUUGCAUAAAAUUCUGGAACAGAAUUGAUGGUAGCAAGUACUAGAUUUUUUAUUAGUACCACGUAUCUGUGCCAUAUUUAAUUAACAUCAAAAGGCAACAUUUUCUUUCAGCAGCCAACUUUUGCUGUGUGCUGGUAGUUUUGCCUACAACCAUGAUCCAUAUUUCCUCUCUUACCCACUGCAGCCUUUCCCCCAUCCUCGUGUUCUGAAGUCAGUGCUAAAAUUUAGAAAGAGAAAUCUUGAAGGACUUAUAUGUCAAGUAACACUAAAUUUAUGACCUCAGCUCACAAAAACAUGAUUAAAACAGCAAGUAAAUAUUUAACCUGAAGUGGUCUGGAUUGUCAGGUGAGAUUUCUGAAGUCUUAAGAUGCUUGGUGAGAGGAACUAUGUUAUUCCGCAGGUUCCAUUUUUACAGUAAAUAAUGUUGUGAACUAAAGAACUGAACUUUGCUCUGAUCUCUCCAAUUCCAAGGCUUUGUGCUGGUGUAAACUUAAGCCCUAGGAAGAAUGGCAAACUUCAUGUUGACAACCAUUUAGUAUUUAUCACUUCUUCCUGUACAACCUUAAACUUGCCUGUUCUUCAAGAACUUGUGAAACUGACACUGUUUAACAGCUGUGCUGUACAAAAAUCCCAUCAAGGUGCCUCUGGCAAAACAAACAAAAAAUCUGAGUAUCUUGAGUUCUAAACCCUAAACGUGUUGGCUCAGAACCUGUGACUCCGAAUCUCAUUCCAGUGAACUAAUUAGAGUUACAUAACAGGAUUGUAGGAAGGCUGGGCACCACGGAAACAUCGGCCAGAAAAUAAACUGAGCCUCAUUAAGUGGCCACUACAAAAUGUUGAAAUUUUAGAAAA